CUCCUCAACGUGGCUGAGACUCCUGAGACUGACUACUGAAGACCCUGCUCCUGCCUUUUACAUCUCUCUAGGGCUGGGAUUAAAGGUGUGAGCUCUGUUACUCUUUUAGACUGAUUCAGUCUCCUGUAGCCCCGGUGACCUUGAGCUAAGAGAGAUCAUCUGCCUUUGUCUCCUGAAUCCUGGGAUUAAAGGUGUGUAACACUGAUCACUAUAGUUUGAAGCUGACUUUGUUUCUGAAUCCUCAGGCAAGCUUUAAUGAAUCAUAAAUAAUAUGUCACCACAACCACAAGUAAAGGCCCUUGCUGGCAGGCCCUAUGAUGUAGUUCUAUGCCGGGUACCCACAGCGUGGAAGCACAGAAUCAGCUUUGUAAACGUCCCUUGACCACACAUGUUCCAGGGAGUCUCCACCGCAUAGACACGUAAGAUGUAAUAUCAACAAAAAUAGUCUGAAGCCAAGUGACAACACAUGGGAAAUACAUGUAAACUGGCAAGUUACUGUGGUAGGUGCUUUUCUACACACAACUGAACAUUGGCUAUGCAGUUAUAAGUUCAUCUGCAAGACAUUCCAGAAAAGGCAAAGCUGCAGGGAGAGAGAGUCAAGUCUGUGUUUGCCUAGGACCCGGGUGUGGAAGGAACUUCCCACCAGGGUACCAAAAAAAAAAAAAAGCUUUCUGAAAUAGAGAACCACUUUUAUUCUGGGUGCAGUGAGACAGGGUUUUCCUGUGUAGCCCAGGCUGCCCUGGAACUAGCUUCGUAGAUCAGGUUGGUCCUCCUGCCUCUGCCUCAGUGCAUGAAAUUAAAGGCAUGCACCACGUCUGAUGACUGGAAAGUUCACAGAACUGUGUGCUAAGGAAAGGUGACUGUUAGAGGUGUAAAUGACAUCUCAAUGAAUGACCUUAUGAGCCGGAUAGAAGAAAGAAAGGUGAUUUCAUUACCCAAGGAGAAAAAUAGACAUGGGUAUUCAUUUAAGGCACACACAGAAUUUAUAAAUGAAACUCAGUGGCCCAUUAAAGGAAGAUGUUAACUAAUAAAACCAUUAUACAGGAUGCUAGGACUCCAUGGUGACAAGGAGACCCGGAAGCAGCUGUGUGAAUGGCUAAAAGGCUGUGGGAGGGUUUUGCUUGGCUGCUCAGUUGCAGGUCAGCCAGGGGCGUGGCCUUGCCGCACUGCUCCCUAGCGAAAUUGAGGGGUGAUCCCAGGUCCAGGCAUGUGGUGAAUCAUGGCUGCUCCCCGAGACGCUGAGAUCCACAAGGACGUUCAGUUCUUUUUCUCCUGGUUUCCUUCCGGUCCUUGGCUGUUGAGUCAGAACUACUACGGGAAUGUCCUGAAGACAUCAGCAGACCUCCAGACUAAUGCUUGUGUCACCCCGGCCACGCUGGUGCCCAAGUACAUCCGGGAAACUCUGAAGAAUGUACAUGAAGAUGUUACUUCGAGGUAUUAUGGCUGUGGUCUGGUUGUCCCUGAGCGUCUGGAAAGCUGCCAGGUUUUGGAUCUGGGUUGUGGAAGUGGCAGAGACUGCUAUAUGCUUAGCCAGCUAGUUGGCGAGAAGGGUCAUGUCACUGGAAUAGACAUGACUGAGGUUCAGGUGGAAGUGGCCAAAACCUAUCUUGAGUACCACAUGGAAAAAUUUGGUUUCCAGGCACCCAAUGUGACUUUUAUUCGAGGCUGCAUUGAGAAGCUCGCAGAGGCGGGGAUCCGGAAGGAGAGCUACGAUAUUGUUAUAUCCAACUGUGUUAUCAACCUUGUACCUGAUAAACAGCAAGUGCUUCACGAGGUUUAUCAAGCGCUGAAGUAUGGUGGGGAACUAUACUUCAGUGACGUCUAUGCUAGCCUUGAAGUGCCAGAAGACAUCAGGUCCCACAAGGUUUUAUGGGGUGAAUGCUUGGGUGGUGCUUUGUACUGGAAGGAUCUUGCCGUCAUUGCCCAAAAACUUGGGUUCUGCCCUCCACGUUUGGUCACUGCCAAUAUCAUUACAGUUCACAACAAGGAGCUAGAAAGUGUAAUCGGUGACUGUCGCUUUGUGUCUGCCACGUUCCGGCUCUUCAAGCUCCCUGAGACCGAGCCAGCUAAAAGAUGCCAAGUUGUUUACAAAGGUGGAAUCACAGGGCAUGAGAAAGAACUAAUCUUUGAUGCAAAUUACACAUUCAAGGAAGGUGAAGCUGUUGACGUGGAUGAGGAGACCGCAGCUGUCUUGAAGAACUCGCGUUUUCAUCAAGAUUUUCUCUUCACACCUGUGGACUGUUCUGAAGCAGAAACAAAGGAUUUAAUCAGAGAUCCAUUCAAGCUUGCAGAGGGAUCUGACAAAGUGACGUCGAGACACGCACUUGAUGACGCUGGAAGCUGCUGUGGCAAAAAGCAAAGCUGCUGUUAGAUGGAUGGCCAGCGCGGAGCUCUCCGCGUGCGAGCGAGCGAGCGAGCAGGCGGCUCAAGAACCGCUCACAUAGGCUUUUAAACCUGCUAUUCCCCAGUGCAGAGAUUACGGGAAGAGGGAAAUCUAGAUUACUGCAAAGAGUAAGAAUGAGUUUUAUGUGCUAAUCUAAGGUUCACAGCAAAGCAAGUUUUUUCUAUUUCACUAUUUCAGCGUUCCGGUGCCACCUGGUGGUCAGAAGUAGAACUUGGAAGCUUAAGGUUCACUGGAAGGAUCAAAGGCAUCAAAAUUGGUGGAGGGUGGUGGGGUAACAUCUUCUUUCUGGCCUAUCACAGGACACUUCUGGACUUUCUCUGUGUUUACUCAGGAAGCAGAGUCCCUACUAAAUUUACACAACUAUGUCAAAAGAUUGUCAGUCAUAUUUGGUAGGCGUGGUCUUCAGGUGCCUGUGUUCAAACCUUUUUUUUUUCUGUAAUCGAGUAAAGAAGAAAACAAAUGAAUAAUAAAUUUCACCCUUAUGAUUGA